AUGGCGGCCGCGAGGAACGGGAAGAGCGGACUGCUGGAGAAAUGGAGGAUCGAUGAGAAACCCGUGAAGAUCGAUAAGUGGGACGGAGCAGCUGUGAAGAACUCUCUGGAUGACGCUGCGAAGAAGGUGCUGCUGGAGAAGUUCGGUUACGUGGAGAACUUCAAUCUGGUGGACGGCCGUCUGUUUAUCUGCACCGUCUCCUGCCUGUUCGCCAUGUUGGCUCUGGUCUGGGACUUCCUGCACCCCUUCCCUGAGUCCAGACCGGUCCUCGCCUGCUGCGUCGUCUCGUACUUCAUCAUGAUGGGCAUCCUGACUCUCUACACCUCCUACCGAGAGAAGAACAUCUUCCUGGUGGCCCUGCAGAAAGAUCCAGCUGGGAUGGAUCCAGAUCACACCUGGCAGCUCUCCUCCUCCCUCAAACGGUUCGACGACAUGUACACGCUCAGACUUUCCUUCGCCGACGGGAACUCGAAGAAGUGGAGGGAGGCCGAGUUCACCAAGUCGGUGUCGGUGUUCUUCGACGAGAGCGGCACGCUGGUGAUGGACCAGUUCGAAAAGGCGGUUUCUAAACUCCACGACACGCUGGCCACGGACAAGAAGACCAAAUAACACCCUGAAUAUCAUCCUCGCUCCUCACAGCUCGUUGCUUUCACUUCAUUUCCAACGGCAGAGAGAGAAGAACCCGCCACGCUUCCUUUAUUCUGCUGGGGGUGCGUUCAGGGACGCUCGGAGAUCUGAGUGGAACCAGCUGUUGUUAAAUAAUCUCCUGAAUUGAUUUGUUGUGAGAUGAUGAUGAUGAUGAUGAUGUCACAUUGAGAGUGAUAAACAGGAAGUGAUAUAUAAAAUGUCUGUAAAACUUUUCUAAAAGCACAGAAACGUUUGAUUUGACGAGAAUUCUCACCUGAAGAUGAUCAGAUAGACGGCGCUUUUUGUCUUCUUCCAAAAUAUAGGUCACGUUGGGUUUGUUGGGUCCUCCUGUGGGGCCUUCAGCGGGUCCCACUCUGGGGCCUUCAGCGGGCCCCACUCCGGGGCCCUGCUGCAUGCCGCUCCCUCCGUUUCUCUCUCUGUAGGUAAAUUUCCCUGAAAUGAAGUGAAACCAACAAACUGUGAACAGGAAGUCUCUGUCAGGUUGCAGAGAGUUCGGGCCCCUGAGGCAGCUCUCUGUUCAGUUAAAUGUUUUAUUUGACGUUUUUCACCUGAAGAGGCGAACUGCUGCUUUUAUUUUAUACGUUUUUCUUUUGUCUUUUUAAAGUUUGAAUUAGUUUCCGGUGGGGGGGGGGGGGGGGGGGUUGACGGAGACGUUUUUCAGCCGUGCGUUGGAUCGUCUGUUUCUUGUUUCAUCUGAGCAGCGACAGUGUUGGUUCAGGAGCUCGUCAGUAUUUCUGUGUGGAGUUUUCCUCGCAGCAGGAAGUGGACUGAAUGUUGACUGAACUUUCAUUCUUCUUGUGUCCCAUGAUUCUCUCCUUCUUCUCUGUAACUGCUCAAACAUUAAAGAUGGAUUUUGUUCCCAGAAGACUAAAGAAAUAAAGUGUUGGUGUUUAUCAGACGCUCCAAACAAACGUC